GAAGUAAAAAACACCAAAUGAUACUUCAGGGGUUUUCAUGUUCGGUUACUUGCAAGAGAAUGGGCUGCGGGAGUGUCUUAACCCCAACAUCUGUCUUGAUUCUGGCUUCCGUAUUGAAUACCCAUGUUCUUACAAGUUUCUUGGAGACAAACCUAUGCAAGUGGUGUGACUAUACUAACCCAAUAUGCGAGGACAAUGUGUGCUACAGCAAUUGUACAUUGAAUUCCUAUUGUGCAAGUUCAGAGGAAAUAUGUGUUGCUAUAUGGAAGAAGGACAAUGAAUCCACAAGUGUUCAAACUAUGUGUCAUUAUCCACAUUUACCAGUGGAAGACAUAAUAAUCACAACUUACAAUACAACAGUUUGUAUCAUGACUGAACAGCCCACAGGGAAAGGAAGGAUGUACGUCUGUGGAUGUACCAAUGAACAGGAGUGUAAUGAUAAACUUAUAUUUGAAAAUGACCUAAAUAAAUAUCCAAUAUCACAAAAAAACGAGGUAAUUCCUGUGGCAGUGUUGAGCCUACUCCCACCUACCCUGAUUGCUUUCACGAUAACAAUGGCAUUUUAUCUCUUUCGCACUCGUCAACAGAGGAAAGUGACCAAGGAGUGGCCUCAGAAACAGAGAGAGCACCAAAGCCUCACGAGGACUGACAUUAGAAAACCUGGAGAGUAUGAUGGAAAAUGCACUGUCUCAAUUGAUGAUGGUCAGUCUGACAUCAGUGCAACAUGUGCCAACAACAUCAAUCACAAUAAUGAACUGCUACCAAUCGAACUGGAUGGCAUUGUUGGAAAAGGUAGAUUUGCAGAAGUCUGGAGAGCAAAGCUCAAACAUAGUGCUUCAGGGCAAUAUGAAACUGUUGCAGUGAAAAUCUUUCCUUGUGAAGAAUAUCCAUCGUGGAGAACUGAAAAACAGAUCUUCUCGGACGUCGAUCUCAAACAUGAGAGUGUGCUCCAGUUUCUCACCGCAGAGGAAAGAGUAAGAGGAAUGGAAAAGCAAUACUGGCUCAUUACAGCUUAUCAUAGUGUGGGAAAUCUACAAGAUUUCCUCACCAAUCACAUUCUGACCUGGACAGACAUGUAUAUGAUGACAGGAUCCCUUGUAAAUGGGGUUGCUCACCUUCACAGUGACUAUACUGCAUGUGGCACCCCAAAGAUUCCUAUAUCUCACAGAGAUAUUAAAAGCACAAACAUUCUGGUUAAAAACAAGAGGGAAUGUGUGUUGUGUGAUUUUGGUCUGGCAUUGAGGCUUGAUCCAUCUCUAACAGCUGAAGACUUUGCCAAUAGUGGCCAGGUUGGCACUGCCAGGUAUAUGGCACCUGAAGUUCUUGAAUCUCGUGUUAACCUGGAAGAUCUUGAGUCAUUUAAACAGAUGGAUAUAUACUCAAUGGCUUUGGUUUUAUGGGAGAUGGCUUCUCGAUGUGAGGUAAUUGGAGAGGUGAAAAGUUAUGAAUCGCCUUUUGGAUCAAAGGUUCGUGAUCAUGCAUGUGUUGAAAGCAUGAGGGACAUUGUAUUAAGGGACAGAGGUCGUCCUGAAAUUCCUAGCAACUGGCUGUUACACAAAGGCAUGCACUUCCUGUGUGACACUAUUGUAGAAUGUUGGGACCAUGAUCCUGAGGCUCGUCUUACAGCACAUUGUGUGGCUGAGAGGGUUAAUAUGAUAGUACAAAUGAACUGCGAAGAUUUUCUCAAUAACAACACAAGCAGUGAAGCAAGCAAGGAAGGAGGUUCUAAUCGCUCAGAUUUUGGAAACCCUACUGAACAUAAAAGUAUUGAACUAGUCACGGAUCAGUGAACAAAUUGGAGCAGCAAGGGAAGCAGACAUUUUGGUCUCUGUACAUGAAAACUCACAUGACUGAAUGCCAAAAUAAAAGGAGGGUGUCCUGUGAAUAAAGCUGCAUUGACAUGUGCAUUAUUGUUAACUUUAUUUGAUAAGGACAGCAUGGCAUACAGAGGACUGCAGAUAAGUGCACACUUUUUCUAAGCAGGUAGUGCAUUGAAUGACACAUAUGUAACAUUAUGAUUGAAUCAGAAUAUCUGUAUAAUACUUUUUCUUAUAAAAUGCUAUGCCUUUCUCAGUGGAUUGUGGAAGUGAUCCCAAAAUGGCAAAUUUGCUGGAAAUGUGACAAUACAGCAUUUUAAUCAUCUUUUUUCACACAAUAGAUUCUCUGAAAAAAAGAUUACAUUACGCUUUGUGUAUGUUUGAUGGUACUUUUUGGUACUAAAGAUUAAUACAUUUGUUAAAAGUUUUAUGUGAAAACCCUGAUAUUUCAUAUGAUGUUAAUUUUGUAUGUCUAUUCAUAUCAGCAGAAAAAAAAAUGUUGGGAAAUUUGAGGAAUUAGAUGCCCUGGACGUGACAGCUUAUGUUAGCGUUUUCCAAAAUUCCCUAGAUUGUAGAAUCGCUCCAGCAGAUUGGAAAUCUAACUUUGCUAUUCAAGAAAAGGAGAUAGAGUGUAAACAGUGAGCUACAGUUAGCCUGAAUUCGGGAAAAUGUUGGAAUCGAUCAUCAAAGAAGUCUUGAUAAUACAGUCUUAUAAUGCUAUGAUUUUCUAAGUCAACAUGGAUUUAGGAAAGGGAAAUCAUAUAUGAUGAAAAUGUACUUUUUGAGGACAUUACCAUUAUAUGUAGUACAAAUUUCUAAAUGGUAUAUAAAAAAGUGGUGUUGAGGGUAAUGUUUUAGCAUGGACAGAGGAAUGGUUAACAAAAGUGGAGCAGAGAGUGGGCAUGAACUGGAUAUUUCAGGCUGACUAGUUAUAACUAGUGGAAUGGCCUCAGCUGUUUGCAAUAUACAAUAAUGACUUUGACCAAAAGACAGAAUAAUGGAUCCAAAUCUGCUGACAGUUUGAAGCAAGAAGGAAUACUAGUUGUGAGGAAGACACAGAGGCUGCAAAAUGAUAUAAACAGAUUACAGGAAUGAGCAUUAGAGUGGCAUUUUAUUCAUUUUGCUGGGAAGAAAUGAAUUUUUUUGAAAGGUGUGAACCUCAAAUAUUCAUUUUGAGAGAGAUUUGGGUGCACUUGUAAAAUAAAUACGUGUUAAGAUGCAGGCUUGGCAAGCAAUUAGAAAGGUAAAUGGCAUGUAGGCCUUUAUUGCAAAGUGAUUGGAGUUUAGGGAUCAGGAUGUUUUGCUACAAUUGGUAAAGCUUUGGUAAGAUCAAAUUGUGCACCAUUUCGAACUCUGUACUUCGGAUGUAUGGAAUGAGCUGCCAAAUGUACAAUUACAACAUUUAAAAGGCAGCUGGAUGGUUACAUGAAUAGGAAGGGCUUGGAGGGAUAUGAAACAAAUACUGGCAAAUAUAGAACAUAGAACAUAGAACAUUACAGCACAGUACAGGCCCUUCGGCCCUUGAUGUUGUGCCCACCUGUCAUACCGAUCUGAAGCCCAUCUAACCUACACUAUUCCAUGUACGUCCAUAUGCUUGUCCAAAUGGGAUUGGAUUAAUUUAGGUUUUUGGUCUGCAUGGACGAGUUGGACCGAAGGGACUGUUUUACACAAAUGUAUGACUAUAUGAUGCAAUAUACUUUCCCUUGAGCCUAUACAGCAAGUGUUUAAUUCAAACAACACACAACUGAAAACGGCAAAUUACUUUGAAUAUGCGGAAAUGAGUUUGGUCAUCUGGAGAGAUCAAGGGAUUCCAAAUCUUCUUUGUAAAGUUGCUUCUCUGUUAAAACAUAAUUUCUCCAUUUAUAGCUGAUAAAUUCCCUGCAUUUAUUCCCUGUGGGAGUGACUCUGGCUCCAUGUCAGAAGAAUACAAUUUUUCUUAUGGUUGGCAUUUGCCAACCAUGUUUCAAAUACUGAGUUUGGCUUAACAUUCUGCUAAAAUAUACGAGGGAAUACAAGUUCAUUUUUCAAAAAUAAUGCUCUUUCAUCGGUUACACAGAGAGUCAUAAGAUAACUUACGACCAAUGCAGUUUAAAGCUGAAAUUGAGUGAAAGAUUUUAGUGUUUCUUUAAUUCCAAUACCACCUUAAUAUUGAUUGUAAUCUUCCAAAAUUACCUGGAUUCUGGAAAAGUCUCAGCAUUCUGGAAAUCAACAAAUUUAACAAUCCUAUUUGAGAAAGUAGGGAGGUAGAAAGCAGGAAACUGUAUGCCAUUUAGCCAAAAUCUAUAAUUAGGAAUAUACUAGAAUGUAUUUUUCAGGAAAUAGUCAUGGCCAUUUAAAUACUGAUAAUAUAAAACAUGCAGAGUUAACGUUGAUUGAUGAAAAGGGAAGUCAUUUUUGACAAAUUUUGUUGUGCUCCUUCAGGAUGGACCAAACGUGGUGAAUAGAAAGUAACUGAUAGAAGCAGCAUAUUUGGUUUUCAAAAGGCAUUCAAUAAAGUACCACAUACAAGUUUGACAAACAAGAGAUGAUGGUGUUAUGUUUAACAUACUAGCAAGCAUACAGGAUUGUCUAACAGGGAGAAAAAGAGACUGAAUAAAAGUAAUUUUCAGGUUGGCAAACUGUAGCUAGCAAGGUAUUGUGAGGACCAGUGCUUGAACUUCAACUAUUUACAGUAAAUUAAUGGCACGAAUCUCGGGACAGAUUUGCAUUGUGGUCAUAUUUGUUAAAGCUAUGAAGACAGAUGGGAAAGCAAGUUAUGAGGAGGAUAGAGUCUGUAAGCAGGUGUGGAUAGGUAAAGGGGCAAAAAAAUUAGCAGGUGAAGUGUGAGAAAUGUAAGGUCAAAUACUGCAAUUGGAAGAAUAGAAAUGAAGGAUAUUGUUAAAUGGAAAGAUACUACAGGAUGCUGUGGCAUAGAGGGAUCUGUGUGCCCUUGUUAAUGAAUCACAAAAAGUUAGCAUAUAGGUACAGCAAAUAAUUAAGAUGGCAAAUGGAAUGUUGUUCAUUAUCACAAGGGGAUAGAAUAUUAUAGAAACCCUGUUACUGUAAAGGAUUAGAUUCCCUACAGUGUGGAAACAGGCCCUUUGGCCCAACAAGUCCACACUGCCUCUUGGAAUAUCCCACCCAAACCCAUCCCCCUAUAACCCACACACCCCUGAACACUACAGGCAAUUUAGCAUGGCCAAUCCACCUAGGCUGCACAUCUUUUGGACUGUGGGAGGAAACCGGAGCACCCAGAGAAAACCCACACAGACAUGGGGAGAACGUGCAAACUCCGCACAGACAGUUGCCUGAGGCUGGAAUCAAACACAGGUCCCUUGUGCUGUGAGGCUGCAGUGCUAACUACUGAGCCACCGUGCCACCCUAUGCUGCAGAUGUCAGUAUGAGAUAACACUGAGAGUACUGACUGCAGUUUUGGUCUGCUUAUUGAAGGAUAGAUGUACUUGAAUUGGAAACCGUUCAAAGAAAACUCAGUGGGUUGAUUUCUGGGAAGAACUGCUAUCUUAUGUGGAAUGGUGAAGCAGGUUUGCAGGGCUGAAUGGACUACUCCUGUUCCUAUUUCUUUUGCAUCCAGUUAAUCAGUGCACUGGGUGAUGUACUACUGAACUAUACAAACUAGGGAGAUGCCACUUUCAAUUUAUAAUUUGUGAAGAGCUCAUUUAGUUUUGGUCCUGGGAAAUCCUGAUUCCUGGAUUGUAGAGGAACAAUGAAAGGAAAUUGGGAGACAUACAAGACACAACUUUUCAUCCACAUCUCAUUAAAUCUUUUAGGCAGUGUGGGUGUGGGUACGGGUGAAAUCAGAAUUGGCUCAGGUAUAAUACUAUCCCACUAUCAUGAACGGCAUGCCAACAAUGGUCACUUAGGUAAAAUAAAACUGGAAGAUUUCAGAUGUUCACAAGACCACAUCGCUUUCUGAAGAAAAAUUAAUUAUGGGAAUGCUCCUUAGUUAUUUGAUUUUAAAUGUACUUGUUUUGAAUCUCUGAGUCGCUUGCAAACUUCAAAUUUCAGUCAUUAAAAUAAAACUGUAAAGCAUUCUUGCAUUGUAUACCAGCUGUUAUGAAAAUUGUUAUUGUUUUCACAAGUUCAGCUUCCAGAACA